CGUGCGUUUACGAUAACCUAAAAUAGUCUCAGAGUUAGAGACGUGUUGCUUAAACCACUACCAUAUAAAUACGUAACUAAGACAUCUGAUUUCAAAACACAGACAGAAAGAGAGAUAGACAAAUGUCGACGGAAACUGAAGUGAUAGCUCCGGUGAUCAACGGCGCAGACAGAGGAUGUUGCAAGCCCGGUCCCGGUUAUCCGACGCCGAUUGCGGCUAUGUCCGGUCCAUCUGAAAAACUCAUCUACGUCACUGCUAUCUACACUAACUCUGGAAUCGGACCAGAGAAGCCGGAUUACUUGGCUACAGUGGAUGUGGAUCCAAACUCAGAAACAUAUUCAAGCGUCAUUCACAGAUUGCCAAUGCCUUUUGUUGGUGAUGAGCUUCAUCAUUCUGGUUGGAACUCUUGCAGCUCUUGCCACGGUGAUGCUUCUGCGGAAAGACGCUAUCUCGUUUUACCAUCAUUUAUAUCCGGUCGCAUCUAUGCGGUUGACACAAAGGAAAACCCUAGGGCUCCGUCUUUGUAUAAGUAUGUAUGUCCUAAAGAGAUUGCUGAAAAGACUGGAUUAGCGUAUCCACACACGGCUCAUUGUCUUGCCUCGGGUGAAAUUUUGGUGUCCUGUCUUGGGGAUGAAGAGGGAAACGCUGAGGGGAAUGGGUUUCUCCUCCUUGACUCUGAUUUAAACAUCAAGAAAAGGUGGGAGAAACCAGGUAAUAGUCCCUUGUUUGGUUAUGAUUUCUGGUACCAACCUCGGCACAAGACCAUGAUCAGCACAUCUUUUGGAGCACCUAAAGCCUUUACCAAAGGCUUCGAUCUCCAGGAUGUUGCUGAUGGCUUGUACGGACGUCAUCUACAUGUUUAUAGUUGGCCAGGAGGUAAAAUGAAACAAUUAAUUGACCUUGGAGAGACGGGUCUCUUACCUUUGGAGAUAAGAUUCUUGCAUGAUCCGUCUAAAAGUGAAGGGUAUGUUGGGAGUGCCUUGUCAAGUAAUAUGAUAAGAUUUUUCAAGAACAAAGAUGACACAUGGAGCCAUGAGGCAAGUAUAGUUAUACCAGUUAAGCCUCUGAAAGUCGAGAACUGGAUUCUUCCAGAAAUGCCGGGGCUUAUCACCGACUUCUUGCUCUCCCUCGAUGACAGGUUCAUGUACUUUGUGAACUGGUUUCAUGGAGACAUUCGUCAGUACAACAUCGAAGACACUAAAAAUCCUAUCUUAACCGGACAAAUUUGGGUAGGAGGAUUACUACAAAAGGGCAGUCCUGUUAAGGCCGUUGGAGAAGACGGCAACACAUUCCAGUUCGAUGUUCCCCAGAUCAAGGAGAAAUCUCUACGUGGAGGACCUCAGAUGAUCCAGCUGAGCCUCGAUGGGAAACGACUAUAUGCAACAAACUCGCUGUAUAGCGUAUGGGACCGUCAGUUUUAUCCUGAACUCAUGGAUAAAGGCUCGCAUAUGAUUCAGAUUGAUGUUGAUACAGAGAAAGGUGGUCUCACCAUAAACCCUAAUUUCUUUGUGGACUUUGGUGAUGAGCCUGAUGGUCCUGCGCGUGCCCAUGAGAUGAGAUAUCCAGGUGGAGACUGCACCUCCGAUAUAUGGCUUUGAAUUUGGCAUGUGUGUGUGUGUGUUUUUGUAAAGUUGAAUAAAAAGGGAGUCAUAAGUGGUCCCUUGAUUUCGUGUGGUGUGUGAUCCAGAAAAUUUAUAUUUGUUUCUUGUACUCAACUACUCAUUCUGGCUAAUGAUGCUUUAAUUUGUAAUAAAUUUUUCUACAUUUCAAGUAGGGUAAACACUCUGUUCCGUUCGUAUCACUUUUUCAAGAUAUAUUUUUAACUUUUAGUGCAUUUUUAAUUAAUAUUACUGAAUUGUAGGUUUCAACACUGAUUGAAAAUAAUUGAAUUUUAUUAGAUUAUUA